AUGGAGCCGUCAAAGGACGAUGCUCCCACCCCGUCAACUCCGUUGCGGCGGGAACGAGCCCCUACGAUCACGAUUGACACGUCUGCCGUCAACAGUGCGUCCAAUGCCGGAGGUCCUGAAAUAAGGACGGAGGAGCCGCAGGGGGACACUCAGCCAGGAGGCAGCGAGAGCAGCAAUAGCCAGUCGACGGAUUCUCAGGGACAGCAAGAAGGCGCUUUGAACCCUUCAUCCGAGAGAGAACGAGAGCCCCGGCCUAUUUCACCGCAUAAUAUCUCGUCACCUACCUCGAAAACUGCCGAUCCAAACUCGCAAAACUUCCUAUCUGUUCCAGGGACGAGGUCAAGGGGAAAUUCCCUUGACUCUGAAGAUGCUAAUUCUCCGCGCUCGCCGGGCAGCGAAACAUGCGUCCCGUCAUCGCCAUCGACCGGUGAGCACCCUGGCAAAGGGGCAGCAGGCAAGGGAGAUGUCGACGUGAGAAACGAUCCCGAUGCUUUGAAGCCUGAUCCUAACACGGAAGACGACUUUGUGGUGGAGAAUAACAAGUUUGCCUUCUCACCGGGCCAAUUGAACAAGCUUCUCAGCCCGAAGAGUCUUUCUGCGUUCUAUGCUCUCGGAGGUGUGGCAGGACUGGAGAAGGGCACACGGACAAACCGCUCAACAGGUCUUAGCAUUGAUGAAACCGUUCUAGACGGCACAGUGUCCUUCGAAGAAGCUACCGAUACCAGUACUCCGGAGCACACUCCCAAAACGUCAGGAAGAACGAUGAGUAUGCCACACAAUGCAGAAGACGUCGCCAAGGGUAAUGAUAAAUUCUUCGACCGAAAACGUGUUUUCAGUGACAAUCGACUCCCCGCAAGAAAGACCAAGUCUAUCUGGGAGCUUGCUUGGAUCGCCUAUAACGAUAAUGUCCUGAUUCUUCUUUCCGUCGCCGCCGUCGUCUCACUUGCAUUAGGUAUAUAUCAGUCCAUUACAGCUACUGGAAAUGAGGCCAGAGUGCAAUGGGUUGAAGGUGUAGCUAUCAUGGUUGCCAUCGUCGUUGUUGUCGUUGUCGGAGCAGCCAACGAUUGGCAAAAGGAAAGACAAUUCGUGAAGCUGAAUGAGAAGAAGGAAGAUCGCAACGUCAAGGUCAUUCGCUCCGGCAAGUCGGUGGAGAUCUCGGUCCACGACAUUCUCGUGGGAGACGUCAUGCAUCUUGAACCCGGUGACAUGGUGCCAGUCGAUGGUAUUUUCCUCGAAGGUCAUAACGUUAAAUGUGAUGAAUCGUCUGCCACUGGUGAAUCCGAUGUGCUUCGAAAGACUCCUGGAGACGUUGUCUACCAGGCGAUUGAAAACCAGGAACCUCUUGCCAAGUUGGACCCCUUUAUCUUGUCCGGUGCUAAGGUAUCCGAAGGUGUUGGCACAUUCCUGGUUACCUCGACCGGUGUCAACUCGUCCUACGGUAAAACAUUGCUCUCCCUGCAAGAUGAAGGCCAAACUACUCCUUUGCAGCUCAAACUCAACGUUCUCGCCGAAUACAUCGCAAAGCUGGGUCUUACUGCUGGUUUGAUCCUGUUUGUGGUUCUGUUCAUCAAGUUCCUCGUCCAUCUGAAAAACAUCCAAGGUGCUACAGCAAAGGGACAGGCAUUCCUUCAGAUCUUCAUCAUGGCUGUUACUGUUAUCGUUGUUGCUGUACCCGAAGGAUUGCCCCUGGCCGUUACUCUUGCCCUUGCAUUCGCAACAACACGAAUGUUACGAGAUAAUAACUUGGUUAGGCUGCUCAGAGCUUGCGAGACCAUGGGAAACGCUACAACCAUUUGCUCAGACAAGACCGGUACUUUGACUCAGAACAAGAUGACUGUUGUUACUGGAACCUUUGGACUUAUAACCAACUUUGGAGAGAACAGUCCAUCAUCCAGUCAGCAGAAUCCAGAUGGCACCAACCAAACCUCAGAAACGAAUAAUGUUUCUCCCGUUGACUGCAUCUCUUCUUUGUCACCCUCGGUUAAGGAAUUACUACUUGAUUCCAUCUCUCUAAACUCGACUGCAUUUGAGAGUGACGAAAAAGGAGAAACUACCUUCGUCGGUUCCAAGACCGAGACCGCACUACUCACCUUCGCACAUGACUAUCUAGCACUAGGAUCUCUGAACGAGGCAAGGGCCAAUGCAGAGAUUGUCCAGCUUGUUCCCUUCGACUCGGGCCGGAAGUGCAUGGCUGCAGUUGUUAAACUUCCCAGUGGCAAUUACAGGAUGCUGGUUAAGGGUGCCUCUGAAAUUCUCAUUAAGAAAUGCACAAAAGUCAUUGAAGACCCAACUAAUGAAUUGAGCGAAACCGAGCUUCACGAAGAGGGGCGAGCUCAUCUGAGAGAUAUUGUGGAGCAAUAUGCGUCCCGCUCUCUACGAACUAUUGGCAUCAUCUACCGCGACUUCGAACAAUGGCCGCCCCAGGGAGCUCCAACGCAAAAGGAAGACCGCAAGCAAGUUGUUUUUGAACGUGUUUUCGAAGACAUGGUGUUCCUAGGUGUCGUUGGUAUUCAGGAUCCUCUUCGCCCAGGUGUUACCGAAUCCGUCCUCCAAUGCCAAAAGGCAGGUGUUUUCGUCAGAAUGGUAACAGGAGAUAAUAUCAUGACAGCCAAGGCAAUUGCACAAGAAUGUGGUAUUUUCACCCCUGGAGGCCUUGCCAUCGAAGGACCGGUGUUUAGGAAACUCAGCUCGCAUCAAAUGAAUCAGGUGAUCCCACGUCUGCAAGUCCUUGCUCGAUCAAGUCCCGAGGACAAGAGAGUUCUUGUUGCUCAGCUACGAAAACUGGGUGAAACUGUUGCUGUGACUGGUGACGGAACCAACGAUGCACCAGCUCUCAAGGGAGCAGAUGUCGGAUUCUCCAUGGGUAUUGCCGGAACAGAAGUGGCUAAAGAGGCGUCCGCUAUUAUUCUUAUGGAUGACAACUUCAAUUCAAUUGUGAAAGCGAUUGCCUGGGGCCGAACUGUCAAUGACGCUGUGAAGAAGUUUCUGCAGUUCCAGAUCACGGUCAACAUUACUGCUGUUGUGCUUACAUUUGUCUCUGCUGUGGCCAGUAACGACGAGGAAUCCGUGCUGACUGCCGUCCAGCUGCUCUGGGUGAACUUGAUCAUGGACACCUUUGCUGCUCUCGCUCUCGCCACCGAUCCUCCCACCCAUACAAUUCUUGACCGCAAACCGGAACCUAAGUCGUCCCCGCUGAUUACGCUUACGAUGUGGAAGAUGAUUAUUGGCCAAUCUAUCUACCAGCUUAUAGUCACAUUUAUUCUCAACUUUGCUGGAAGGAGCAUUCUGAACGUCGGCCACUCUGAAUUGGAAGACCGGGUAUUCAAGGCCCUUAUCUUCAACACAUUCGUUUGGAUGCAGAUUUUCAACCAGUAUAACUCGCGCCGAAUCGACAACAAGAUAAAUAUCUUCGAAGGACUCCUUAGAAAUAGGUGGUUUGUUGGCAUCCAGUUCAUCAUCGUGGGCGGACAAGUCCUCAUCAUCUUUGUUGGUGGUCAAGCAUUCUCGGUCGAGCGCCUCGGUGGAAGAGACUGGGGUAUUUCGUUGAUUCUUGGACUGAUAUCCAUCCCGGUCGGCGUCCUUAUCCGCAUGAUCCCAGACAGCUUUAUCCGGAUGCUCAUCCCGAGCUAUUUUCGUCGGAAACAGGACAAGCCACAGGUAUACAUCUCUGACGAGGAACAGCGAUAUGAGUGGAACCCAGCCCUUGAGGAGAUCAGAGAUCAACUCACCUUCCUUAAGAAGGUACGGGGCGGUCGACUUAACCUACUGAAGUAUAAGCUCCAGCAUCCAGAGACUCUCAUCCCUCGUUCCCGAAGCAACUCGAAAUCAUCCGUACCACAGACACCACAAGGCGACGAGCACGAGAACGGAAACACCCAGCCGCCAACUCCAAGCUCACGCAGCCGGUCUCGCUCCAACUCUGCCUUCGGGCCCGCUGCGGCCAUGGCUGGUGUCGUGGCGGGCAGCAUAGCAGGCUGGUCCCCCGUUGGCCGAUCAGCCGGCGAACAGGAAUCAAUCAAGUUCUCAGGCACAGGAAAACACUCUGGUCUUGAUCAGCAAGAGGGCAUCGAAGUCCAUCCAGACACGAGGGAGGACGAUCCUAUCCUGACAGAUUACUCACAUACAAGCAAGGUGCCACCAAGUCAGAAUCCAGCUCUGACUCCCGAGUUCUCUCAUACCCGCCCAACAAGCAGAACAUCAACUGAGGGAAGAAGCUGA